AUGUCUCUCAAGAACGACAAGUUCCCCUCCUCGGCCGCCUUCGACGCCAUUCAAGAGGCUAUCAACGCCAGCGACGCCGAUCGCAAGGACGCCAUCAAGCAGGGUAACGGUGUCUACGCCUUUACCCUCAAGAACGCGAGUGGCGACGAGGCCAGCUGGCAUAUCGACCUCAAGGAGACCGGAAAGGUUGCGACUGGCACCGGCGAAAAGCCCGAUGUCACCCUCAUCCUCUCCGAAGAGAACUUUGGCAAGCUCGUCGCUGGCAAGGCCAAUGCCCAGCGUCUCUUCAUGGGCGGCAAGCUCAAGAUCAAGGGCAAUGUCAUGAAGGCGACCAAGCUUGACCCUGUGCUGAAGAAGGCCCAGACCAAGGCCAAGCUGUAA